AUGGGGCUCAUGCGCGCUGGCUACCAGCCGUUCCCACUGUCCAAUCGAAAUUCUCCUGCUGGGAUUGCCCAUCUUAUCAAGGAGAUGAAAGUGACGCACAUCAUCACGACAGGAGAUCACUCGACACAGCAACUCCUUGCCGCAUCUGUUGAUGUAUUGGAGUCCGAGGGUGUUAGGCUUUGUUGUAUCUCGCUGCCUCGCUUCGGGGAUGAACUCAUCAAGCCGAGUCAGAGCUUCAAGCGCUGCCCAGUCUCGGUCCGAGCGAAACCUGAUGACGCUGCGCUGAUAUUGCACUCUUCGGGAUCAACGACAUUCCCGAAGCCGGUCAUCUCUACGCACCGUAUGCUCAUAGAGCGAGGCCGCGCAUUCAUGUUCGGUGAUAUGGACUUUUGUGGACAUGUGAUGUCCACUCACUCAGUUCCAAUGUAUCAUGCAAUGGGAUCAACGGCGACAAUAUGGACGGCUGCAACGGGCCUUGCGAUCUCUGGGUUCGGUCCCGACUCCCCAAUUGCCACUCCGAGUCCAGAGCAAGUGCUCUUUGAAGCCCGGGCCACGGAGUCAUCCGUAAUGAUCUGUGUUCCAUCUUAUCUCGAGUCAUGGGCACUUACAGACACGGAUGUCAAAGCCCUCAAAGUAUUCUCUGCCAUUCUCUCCCCUGAUUUGGACACCAUCCUCGUCCCCGAGGGCGAAGAUCGCGUGUUCAGACUUGUCCUGGCUCCGUCAGAUAUCCACGCUUUCCCGUUCACCAAUUCUCGCGUCAAUGGCAGAGACGUGUACGAUACGAAUGAUCUCCUAGAGCAGCAUCCUGUAAACCCGCACCUCUACCGACUUUACGGAAGGUCGGAUGACCAACUUAUGCACUCCACUGGGGAGAAGACUAGUCCAGUACCUAUAGAGAAUAUCUUGACACAACACCCGAAGGUGCGGCAUGCGGUGAUGUUCGGGAGAGGGCGGUUCCACGCCGGCGUCAUCAUUGAGCCCACCCCGGAAUGUUCUAUCAAUCCCCUCGAGCUUACAGAAGUCGCUCGAUUCAUGGAUGAAAUCGAAUAUAUCCUCGUGAAGGCGAACAAGUUCGCACCGGCCCAUUCGAAGAUAUUCAAAGAAAUGGUGCUCAUCGCGGACCCUAAGCGUCCGUUGGAAUACACGCCCAAGGGGACACCGAAGCGCGGCUCUAUUCUUCAGGCGUAUGCCAAGGAAAUCGAUGACGCCUACAUGGCGUUCGAGGAGUCUUCUGCACUCGAUGUGGCGCUCCCCGAGUCGUGGACACCCGCAUACAGUCUCGAAUUAGCGAGAGCUGUGGUCAAGAAGGCUUUGCCUGAUGCCCAUGAUAUACAGAACGACGCCGAUAUCUUCCAGCUUGGGUGUGAUAGUCUGCACGCCACCCGCAUUCAUAACACAUUGGUCCAAUACCUGCGGCGCUUCGCGGUCGACGUCGCCAGCGUUCCCCGACACUUCGUAUAUAUGAAUCCCACUAUCGAGAGACUUGCUCAGUUUUUAUCACACAUCGCAAACGCAGGUGUAGAUACGGGCACCGCGAGACAUGCGUCACCCGACGACGGAUUGACAAGCAAGAUCAGCCAGAUGACGGACCUUGUCAGUAAAUACACCAGCCAUGCUUCGACGGCGACUGGCGGGAGCGGCGUACAUGCAGCGGAUGAAGUGAUCGAGGAGGUUGUCUUGCUGACAGGCAGUACUGGUGGCCUCGGUGCGUUUGUGCUGGAAGCCCUGCUGACGAACCCAGAUAUCAAGGGAGUCUAUGCCCUCAACCGCAAGGGCGCUGACCCGAAGGAAACGCUGCAGUCCCGGCAGACACGCAGCUUCGAGUGGAAUGGGAUCGACGUACGGCUCCUGGGCUCCCCGCAGCUCACCCUCGUGGAGGCCGACGUGACACAGGCCGACCUUGGAAUCUCUGCUGCUCUAUAUGAAGAGUUGCGCACAAGAGUUACGUGCAUAAUACACAAUGCCUGGAAGGUGGACUUCAACCUGUCGCUGUUGUCCAUGGAGCCCCUCAUCGCCGGUACCCGUCACCUGGUCGAUCUCGCCCUCGCCUCCCCGCACGCUGCGACUCCGAAGUUCAUCUUCGUCAGCUCAGUCGGAGUGUUCUCCAAUGCAGAUGCAACGAAGUUGGGACCUAUUCCCGAGGAACCGGUGCUCGAUCCUUCUGUGUCAGUCGGUACAGGGUACAGCGAGUCGAAGUGGGUGACGGAGACGAUGCUUCAUACCCUAGCACAGCGCACCGCCCUGCGACCGACUGUUGUCCGUCUUGGACAACUCUGUGGGGGGCGAAAUGGACAUUGGAGGGCAUCAGAAUGGUUCCCUGCUAUCGUGUGUAGCGGCGCCAUGGUGGGGUCCUUGCCGAUUCUUCACGGGGACGCCUCCUGGCUGCCCACCCACGUCGCUGCUGCUGCUCUGGUUGAAAUGCGGACCAGCAGCGAAACGUUCCUUAAUUUGCAGCACCCACAGCCGGUGCCGAUGGCCUCAAUCAUGGGCCUCAUGUCCUCCUUGAUCAACGUUCCCCUCGUCCCGUUCGAGACCUGGGUCGCCGCCCUAGAAGCAAAGGAAGGAGUGCGGAAGGGUAUCGUAGCAAACAACGGGCAGAAUAGUCCUGCUUUGCAGUUGCUGGAAUUCUUCAGGGCCUCUUUGCGAGGUAAUGAAGACUCCUCGUUGGCACUCCAAACUCCGGACAUGGCAAUCCAACGAGCCAUGCUAUCUGCACCUACGUUGAGUAGGCAGCGUUCACUGACCACCAAGGAAAUGGAAAGAUGGGUGGCGUACUGGAAUUCACUCGGGUACUAA